UUCAGUAGAAAUACGAGGGACACACAACUUUCUCCACAUUAUACGUGUUCAAUAAGCAAUUUUCCAAAAUCAAGACGAAUUGAAACAUCACGUGUUGUGCAGUCCAUCGAGAGGCGACAGUGGCAGUUUCAGUUUUUUUUUUGUGGCAAUUCUCUCCAGUGUCCUGUGAGUGUGGGUGUGUGUGUGUGGGUGUGGGAUUGUGAAUAGGAGUAAGGAAAACGAAAUUAUCCGAGAAUUGAGCUCGAUAGACUCAAGAGAAGGAGCGCUUUAAGGACAAUAGAGGGCAAGAGAAAGUCUUGCGAUCAACAUCAAGAUAAAUAUUGAUGGUCCCUUUCAUAUCGAAAGGAUAAUUCCUCAUUCGCAUGUCGGAUGACUCAAAGGUGGCCGCUACUUUCAACGCAUCUGUACCAUAUUAUAGACGUAACGCCGUACGUGUCCAAUAUUUCACGGCAAUAUGAAUUCCGACGAUGAGUAUUCCGAUCAAGAUCACGGAGAUUCGCGUCGCUCCCUGCACAGCCACUCAUCGUUUGUGGUUUGUGUUGAUAGUGAUGAGGACACAUGCACGGAAAUAGACUUACCGGAACGACCCAAACGGAAUGUCGAGGUGGACGACUUCUCCUACACUGUGCUCUCUGUCGAUCAGAUCAUGCAGUAUCAGCGCAGUAUCAUCGAUGAGGUGAACAAUGUUUUGAAUUUGUCGCCACAGGUCACACGCAUCAUCCUAAACCACUACAAAUGGGAUAAGGAGACUCUGUUUGAGAAGUAUUUUGAGCGCACGCCCGAGGAUUUCUUUCAACGCGCCCAUGUCCUUAACCCCUUUGCCAGUCCCUCCUCCACAAGUGUGCACCAAAUAAGCCCCAAGUCGUCGAAGAGCAGUCACUCUGGUGGGGAAGAGGAAGUUUGCGGCAUCUGUUACUGCGCCUGCAAUGAACUGAAGGGGCUCGGCUGCGGACAUAGCUUUUGUGCUGAAUGCUGGAAACAAUAUCUGGCGAAUAAGACGUUCAGCGAGGGUCUGGCGCACAGCAUCACCUGCCCCUCCACAAACUGUGAUAUACUCGUCGACGAUGUCUCGUUCGAGCAACUGGCCGACAAUCCCGAGGUCAUUGAGCGAUAUCAACAGCUGAUUACGAACACAUUUGUGGAGUGCAAUGCUCUGAUGCGUUGGUGUCCGGCCCCCAAUUGUUCGAACGCUAUCAAGGCCACGUAUGCGGAGCCCCGAGCGGUGCGCUGUAAAUGCGGCCAUCAGUUUUGUUUCGCUUGUGGUGAGAGCUGGCACGAGCCUGCCAGCUGCACUUGGCUGAAGAAAUGGAUAAAGAAGUGUCACGAGGAUUCGGAAACCUCCAACUGGAUUGCGCAGCACACAAAGGAGUGUCCAAAGUGCAAUGUGACCAUCGAGAAGGAUGGUGGUUGCAAUCACAUGGUCUGCAAGAAUCCCUCCUGCCGCUACGACUUCUGUUGGGUGUGUCUGGGCUCCUGGGAGCCGCAUGGUUCCUCCUGGUACAGCUGCAAUCGUUUCGACGAGGAGGAGGCCAAACAGGCACGCUUGGCCCAACAACGUUACCGCUCAUCCAUGGCGCGGUACUUGCACUACUAUAAUCGCUACAAGAAUCAUAUGCACAGCAUGGGCAUAGAGCAUAAGUUGUACGCGAAUGUGCAACAAAAGAUGGACGAUAUGCAGGAGGUGAUGAGUUGGAUUGAGGUGCAAUUCCUUAAGGAUGCCGUCGAUGUGCUCUGCCAGUGCCGUGCUACCCUAAUGUACAGCUAUGUAUUUGCAUACUACCUGGCCAGUAAUAACCAGAAAAUCAUCUUUGAGGAUAACCAACGUGAUAUGGAAAUGGCAACCGAGAAAAUAUCCGAGUGUCUCGAGCGAGAGAUUACGGUGAGGAAUCUAUACGAGAUUAAGCAAAAGGUACUAGAUCUGGCGCACUAUUGUCAGAAGCGACGCGCCGUCCUUCUAUGCCAUGUGCGCGAGGGUUACGAAAAGGACUGGUGGGAGUUCAUAGAUGACAGCUAAACCGCUCGCUCCCCAACGGCAGUUGUAAUAACAGCCUCAACUGUUCCCAACAUUUUAGAGUUCAGAUCCAAACUUGAACGUUUGGUCUGCAUUGCACCAUGCAAACAUUUCACUGAAGACUUUUUAUUGGUAUAAUUGAAUUAGAACACAUACAUUUCGGCACCUCUCCGAAGUGAGGCUUCGGAGCUCUCUAAAUUGUACAGUCAUAAAAUGCAAUAGAAAUUACAAAAUAGUUGGAGAAAACA